CGAGUCCGACAGCGACGGGGGCGAGGGCGCCGCCGCGGCGCGUGCCGUGCCCGGCGAGGUCGCCGAGCCCGCGCCCGCCGUGGCCGCGGCCCCGCCGGCGAAGAGGCAGAGGCUGGCUGGCGCCGCGGCCAGCGGCGCUGCGGCCGCGGGGGAGGAGAAGGUGCUGGGCUGGCCCAUGGAGUGGGCGUGGCUGAUGAGUAGGACGCAGCGCCACCCCGACUACCGCCCAGUGCAGCCCCAGCCCGGCUACGCGUGCGCCCAGGCCGGCCAGGAGCAGGACAAGGCUGCGGUGCUGGCGGUCUCCGUCUCGCUCGUCUACGCCGGGGACGCGGUCAACGGCUAUGACCCCAGGCACCUGGCGAGGGUGUCGGUCGUGGACGAGGGUGAGCGGACGCUGCUGGACGUGCUGGUGCGGCCCCGGGCGCAACUGCUGGACUCCCGCGGCCACCUGACGGGCCUGACGCGCGACGCGCUCUCGGAGCACGGCGGCGCGGUGGACUUCGAGGACGCCCGCGGUCGCCUGCUGGAGCUGCUGGGGCCGCGGACCCUGCUGGUCGGCUACCGGGUGGGCGGCGCGCUAGAGGCGCUGCGGCUGUCGCACGGCGCUGUGGUCGAUGUCGGAUUGCUGUUCGCCGUGGAGGGGCGGAAGCAGCACCAGGUGCACCCCCUGCGCUACAUCGCGGAGCGGGUGCUGGGCCUGGAGCCAGACGAAGGCAUGCUGCAGGACGCGCUGGAGUUCGCCCAGCUGUCCAUGAGGCUCGCGCGGCACGAGGGCAGGCAGCGCGCGCCGACCGCGCCGUUCCCGCCGCGCGAGCCGCGGCCGUGGGAGCUCGUAGUGCGCCAUAUCCCGCGGGCGUGGGGCGGGGAGGCUGCCGCGCGAGUGGCGGCCCUCUGCGUCGGGGCGAACCAGGGGUUCGUGGUGAACUGGCUCCUCAGCGAGUCAGACCCGACGGACUGGCGCGGCGAGGCCGUGCUCGUGUUCCCGAGCGACCAGGCCUGCGACAGGGCGUACGAGCUGGCACCAGCCCUGACGGAGGUGCACGUGCAGUGGCAGGACGUGCCGGGGGCGCCUCCGCUGGGCGCCCUCCUGACCGAGCAGGCCCUGAUGCAGGCCUUCUCCAGGUUCGGCAUGGUGGUCAGCGCGCGCAUACCGCGCAAGGCGAUGACGCGGGAGCCCCACAGCUUCGCCUUCAUCUCCUUCCUCGAGAGAGAAGAUGCUCAGCGGGUGGCGAGCAAGCCGGAGGUGGAGGUAAACAUCACGCCGACCUGGGCCCUCCCGCUCAGGGCCCGCCUCGCCAAGUACGGCCACGCCAGCGACAAGCGCGUGGCCGUGCGCGUGGGCGACAGCGCCGACACCGGGCUGGAGUACGACUGGGUGCACAUCUGCCGGAGGUAGGCUUGCAUGCUGGCGGCGCAGAAAAGAGCCCAGUCGCAGGGCGCCAACCUCUC